GAUCUAUUAAUGGCGCUUUACAGUACAGUCCGUGUUUAGAAACAGAAAGUCCACGCUCACUACUUUAUCACUUUCCAGUCUAGGUGAAAGUCACCGUCGGCUCGAGAGAAGGCAUUCGUCAUCCUUUCUUUAAAACAAAUUUCUUUGAAAGUGAAGCAAAAUUCUUAGACCCUUGUAGUCAGCUUCAUACAAUUUGUACCAAGAACAGAUAUGCCGAAGUCAUCCUCGAAAGUGUUUGGGACACUUAUAUUGACGAUCUCUCUCAUUUCACUGCAAGGGACUUCUUCACAUCUUCAGCAGGGUAUUGGAAACAUUCGAAAGCUUUUGGAAGCAGAUUCAGUUGAAAAUCAACAACAGGUCAGCCGUAGUAGAGCUGCGUUAACAGUAAAGCCUAUAUUUGCGCAAUUUCAAUAGACCUCAAAAUAAUCUUGUAUACAAGAAGAUAUGAGGGAUGAAAAGUAGAACGAAUUACGGUAACCAAGUGGUAUUCAGCGAUCGUGUAGCCCUACUAGAUGAAUAUGCCUAGUAAUGCUCAGCUUAUAUUAAAUUUAAUCCAUAUUUCCAUUUCGAAAGUACUACAUCACGGAGUAUUUCCUUUUUCCUAUAUUGUCUUAUGUUGUUAAUCUGUGGGGUCAAUUGCCAAUAUAGAAGUUCGAUCCUGCCUUUUUACGUUAACCUUGCACUGGGUGACUCACCGAGUAACACGAUCACCUGGUACAUAAUUUUGGACGGACAAGUUGUCACGAAAUUAAUGGAACAACAGAUUUCCUGUAUUUCAAAAAUCCUGAAUACUCAUGAAUAUGUAUUGAUGUAAUGCAGCAUAAGGAUCUCGUACCAGAUAAAAUAUGAAAUCCCUCAACAUAACACGCUCAAAAUCUAUUUUGGAGUUGAGCUAAUAGGCUGAAACCAUUCUCAUCAGUCACGGGAGGAUGAGUCAUGCAAUUAUCUGCUCAGUAGUUCUCAUAUUGAAGUUUUGCAGAGGAGGAUAUUAGCAAACAGGUUGAAUGAUCAGAAGUUAAUAAAAGAAAGAUGACAUUAUCUCGUACCAGCAUCAGACAAAGAAAAAAUCUUGUCCGGCACGAGGAGUUGAAAUGCAAUGGUGGUCUGGUAACCAUUGUGUUAGAUAAAUUCUAGUGACUAUUGGCCAAACUCACCAAGGAUUUCUUUAUACCUCAGUGCUUUGUACCUCGGUGGUAGACCAUUUGAUCACAGAAGCAGAAGUUUCAAUCCUUAUUGGGGCUAGGCUUUUGGUUUCUACUUUAUCCCUGAUACUAGUAGAGCAAACAAGAACAUUUUAUUUAUUUAUUUAUUUAUUAUAACAACUUUAUUUAAAUAAUAACAUAUAACAUAUUAUUAUUAAAAAAGGGUUGUAGAAGGGAGGAACUUAAUCCUCAUCGUAAAUCAUACCCCAGAACAUCUAUCUCUAUUCAACAUCACAGAGCUCAAAAUGUACCAUAUUGAUUCUUUAUAAAUGGUUAUGUCUUGCUAUGGUGCUGUAGCUGACUUAAAACUCUAUUACAGCAAAAAGGUGUAUUAUUUAUUUCAUGGUUUUUCAAAAGCUCUCUAUUACCAACUUCCUGACUAUUUUUAUUGGUUCCUCCUUUACUGACAGCAUUGUUCUUCUGUGCGUGGCAUAAAUAAUUCAUACCGCUGCCAGUUUGUCAAGUCGCAUCCAAGUUGUAAUGAAGGAUCUAUACCCUACAUGCAGAUUGUUUACUGUUGGUUUUCAAGUGAAGUUUGUCCUCUUGCCUACUGUUUACUUGUGAGUACUUUUACUUUUGCAGCACUACUGUAAAUUAUUAUAACAUUAUUAAGGCAUUGGCUAGCUCUCAGGAAAAAUUUAUUCUCAAAGCUGUAACUGGUCAGCAUGUGCUAUGAUCUAAAAUAAUUUUGAAAGAAAAAAUAAUUAUUUAGUGUAUAUUGCAAUUUUUAUAACUUCUUUUUACUAGGGUAUAUGGCUGCUGUUUCUAUUCAUCGCCCUUGGACUGACAGCAGAUGACUAGUGAGUUGGAAAACUACUCUCUUUAGGUUGUGUUAUGUUGACCAUUUCACAUCCAGCAGUCAGACCAAGACAAAAUUUCUCCCUAAGAUAUCAAUACCAAGCAGACAUUUGAGUAAUGAGAAUAAAGAAAAAUAUUAAUUAUGGGAUUACCAUAGAUUUGUCACUUAAUUCUCAGAACUUCAACUAUAAGCAAUGUUUGACAGACAGUAAGGAGAGAAUUACUAAGCGGAUCUUGAGAGUGAAAGGGUAAAUUGUAGUGAAACCACAGUGGUCUUGAACUUGGUUGUAAGUUUGACAUGGUGGUUGGGUUCUGGUGUUGAUGACUUUCUGAGAAGAAAUACAUUAAAAUUUGUUUUACAAUAUGCUUUUCACAUUCAUAUCUUUGUAAUUAUAUUCAUAUCCUUGUCUAUGUUUAGUUGGAAGAUGUGUUCAAUCAGGAGAUAUCCUUCAAUGAUUUUUAUGGAUAAACUUUUUGUCUUUGAAUAAACUAAAUUUUGGGGAAUUCAUUGUACAUGAACUGUUUCCCUUGCAGCUUCUGUCCAUCUUUAACAGUGAUUUCUAGAACUUUAGGAAUCAGCCAGAACAUUGCCGUAUCCUUUACUCAACCUUCAUCUUUAUCUCUCUCAAAAUCAAUCAGGCUUAAGCACGUAAGCCUGCAUAUACCACAGUAUUAGUCAGAGUAGUAUAAAUGUACUGGUUGGAAUUCUACCUGGUAGUUUAGGUUUGAAAAGCUGGUAGAUUUAAAAUGGCUAAAAACAGUUCAAGUUCUCAAUGUGUUUCUCAAUUUUGUUCUCAACGUGUUUGCCUGAUAGUCACUUUGGGCCUCUCUCUCUUCAACUCUCAAAUGAUAGAAAUCUCAAACUCAUUAUCUAAAGUGAAGUAGCUCUAUGGAGGCUUUUUCUAUCUUUUUUGGGGUUAAAGCUAGUAAAUAGCUUCUUAAACUACUCUUUACAUGCCCAAAGGACUGGGAGAAGCCCAACCACUGGGGUUCACAAUGAGUUUCCUUAACAAAGUUACACACUCCAGGGAGUUACAUUCCUUGCUUUUGGCAAUGGUGCUCCUGACAUCUUUAGUUCUCUGGCAGGUUUCACUCAGAACAGAGAUCAAAGUGGAGUACAGCUUGUGAUACAAGCUCUCUUUGGUAAGCUGUGCAAAAUCUUUAGCACAAAUCCAACCCAAGGAUGACCCUUGAUUUGAAUAACCUUAGGUUAUAGUUUGCAUCUAAUUAUGUGCGUCUUGUCUUGUAAUUAUGAAACAUCUUAUGAAAGUAUGUGUUGCAGUUUAAAUGGAUCUCUGGUCAAAUUGAUUUUGAUCUAAUAGACAGUUUUAUACCUUUGUCCAGGCUGUACUACCAAUGUCUUUACACAAGGAAAAAGCAAAUUGAACAAGUUUUAGAUGAUAUUAAAAUCUGAAUUAAUUUUAAACUGCAGUAUAUGCAGUGUACCAUCGAUUGUUUUGCUCAACACCAAAAGGAUGCAAGAAUCUACAGCUGUAUUUUAAAGUAAUGUAAUAGUACAUGCUUAUGGUGCAGGUUUAAUCCAGAUACUGUUCUAUCCAAUCAAGUAUAUUCAGUUGAUAUGGACUGUCCCAAAAAAGACAAAAAAAAUUUCCUCCCUUGGCGAUAAUUGAAAAAGUUAAAUCUUUGAACAAUAUGAGUGAAGUCAUGAGUAGAGUUAGAGGUAUUCUUUUAAACGGCAAGAUGAGAGUUUUCUUUUAAAGCUCAAUCAAAUGUAAGUAAAUCAGAUCUGAGAGGAGACACUGAAUUACAUAUCUGUAACUUUUUCUAUUGAUCUUAUUUGUUCAGGUGCUGGUAUUUUUGUAACAACAGUGGUUGUUGGGGUAAUAUCAUUUAUCUCAAAUGACCUUACCCUGACAAACCGUCCUUUUACCAGGGACGUAUUAUUCUACUUGGGUGCUGUGUCAUGGGCUUUUAUUACCUUGUACAGGGAAGCAAUUACAAUGGCAGUGGCAAUAGGUAAAAUAUCAUUAACUUAAAGAUAUGGUGAAAGCUCCAAGAUAAGUAUUAUAGCUGAACAUGAAAUAAUGAUCAUGUCAUUUUUACUGCUUGUUUUAUUGUCUUACAAAGUUUUUUAAACUUUAAAUCUGUUUUAUCAAAGGUGAAAACCUUUUAAGUUAAAAAGAAUUUGCUCUAAAUUUUCUAACCAAAUUUAGGGAAAAUACUGAUGUUAGCUGUAUACUCAAAAAGUAGGAUUUUUAUUGUGGUGGGAUUUUUCAAGACUGUUGUACCUCAGGCAUUGUAGUUCCUGUUGUUUUCAUUUAUUCUUUGUGGCCAAUGGCUUAUGGUUAUUUCAGCAUCUUAAAGAAACUCUUGAACUAACUGCAAUCUAACCCAGUUUAUCUCUCUACCUCUGUUAAAAAAGAAAAACAUUACAUUUAAUUUUGGAAAUGCAAAGGAGUUAUUCUGUGAUACUGCCUAACGAUAAUGAGUCAUUGAAAACCCAUUUGCAAUAUGUUCACUCUCAAGAUCUAAUUGUUAAUUCACCCCUCUGGCAGCGAUACAUUUCCUCGUAAAAUGGUUACGAGAAUAUAGUUUUAGAAUGACCAAAUAAAAACCUCCGCCAGACAAGUUUGAGUAUUCUCACCACCAGUUUGCUGAAAACUGUAUUGAUAUCAUGGGGAGAAGUUACUUGUUAAUCACUUCUAGGAGUAUAAGAGCUCAAAGAAAUUUACUCAAGCUUCACUCAUUUGUAAUCUCUCCCUUAUUAAAAAGGUUUCAUAGCACUUUAUGUUGUGUACAUCGCUGUGGUUAUUAUUGCACGCUACAUCUACCAGGGGUGGAAAAGGAAGGCAGUGAAAGUGGAAAUACAACCUGAUUCAAAGAUAGGUUUGUUUUCAACCUUUUUAUCACCCAUGUGAGUACAGUCACAUUUUAAAUAUUAUAUAUUAUAAGACUGAUUACAUAAAUGUUAAAUAAAUACGACAUAUUUGUUUGUAUGCGCCUUGUCUACUUUGCAAACACACCCCAAAAAUUGUGGACAUAUUGAUUUAAAUUGAAAAUUUCCAUUUUAACGAACAGCAUCCAGAGGAGAAUUAUUUGACACAAGCAACUCAGCAGGAGCAAGAAGACAAUUGGAUACUGUGAGAGAUGCUAAUGAACACUCCAGCUGGGCUUCAAGUGUUAAUUCACAAAAAAAUUAUGUCCCCCGCAGACACAACAUUUCUCUUACGCCUCAUAGUAUGAUCUCAGGUACUGUUGCAGUGAUAAAGUUACAUGCAGCUCAGCCUCACAAUAAAAUUACCAUUGGCAGUAGGAAAUAGGGUGUGAAGCAAUUAAGCCAGAGCUUAUUGUGGUUUUGUAGCAUGAAGCAACAAGAACUAUAAUUGCCACUUCCCAGGGAUGGGGUUAUCAUUCAAGUUAGGCUCAGGUUAUCCACCUUCCCCCUCCCACUAACAUGUCAUAAGGUUUCCCUGACAGUUUUUUUGGGCAACUGUUACAGUUUAUACUUCUUGUGUGGAGAGAAGCUCUGAGAGUAAAGUGUCUUGCCCAAGAACACAGUGCACAGUGGUGCAGCAUGAAAUCUUCCAUAUAUACAUAGGUUGAAUUUCAUAAUUUCUGAAGCAAGUGUAUGGCUGGGUCACACAAUAUCUGCCUUAAGGACAUCAAAGAAGACUUUUCUGCACUCAAAUAUCAAUUUGUACUUUCCUCUUUUUAUAGGUGCCCUGAUUUCUUCUGAGAAUACCCUCAUAGCUCCAGCAAUUCAAAACGCCCCAGCCCUUACCAGGCAGUAUUCAUCCGAUUCAGGUAAUUGUAUAUCAAGUGUUUAUUUUUUUUUAAGCACUGGGUUGGCUUCCCCUUACCCUUUACUGCCUGAGAAAGCCAUAUGUCACAAGAUGCCGUUACAUGCUCAAUAUUUUAUCUUCUUUCUGAAAUGUUCACAACCAAAAGAUCAUUGAAAGAUCUGCUCAUUGAAUGCAUAAAAUCAUAGCCCCUCCAUUGUAAGACUUGGUUUACCACUCCUGCAACCUUUGGAACUUUUUGUCUUUUUACUGUUUUUGUCAAGGGGAUAUCUCACAACAAUCAAUACUCUGAGAGCUUCUGAGUUUAAGCUAUAGUUUAGUGGUAUACCCUAUAUGUACGAGCAAACGAAGAAUUUCAAUGUUUUUUAUUCUUCACUUUGGACACUUCUCAGUCUUUCAGUUUCCUCCUUCACAACUGCUGAUUUCAUUUAUUACAUACCUCUGAAAAUACCUUCAAAAUGAUAUAUUAUACGUGGUCUAAUUGUUCAUCGUUCACAAUUUAAACAAAUUUGGCAUUUCCCACGGGCGGUAAAGGGGUUGAAGUUCCAACGAUCCUACACUGGUCAACAAUACUUCCCUAACUUACUAGAUGCUCAAGAUAAUAAACUGCAUGAUGCAAAGAGAUUGAACCACGGUUCACUGAUGUUAAUAAUUUUCUCCUUCAGAGGAAGAUUUGCCUCUUUUGGGAGGUAAACGGAAAAUUAGUGCUUGGAGAAAAUUUCUCCUUGGUCUGGAACCAAUUGACCGUGAAGAAUGGAACAGGAGCAACUUUUUCAAGAAAUGCUUCAUGAUUUGUAAGGUAAGAAAUUUUUAUCUGUAAUGCCGUAACUGAGAUUAAAAUUUGACUUAAUUUUUGGUAUGAUCUCAAAUGAGCAUAUAAAAAGCAAGAAACGGACAACCUUCCUUUAACAUAUUAUCAUAUGAAUUCACUAGGCAAGUACUUAUUUAUUCAGUGAGAUAUUUUCUCGAUGAUUGCAGGCUCCCGCAGUAUUUUGUUUGAAUCUUACCAUACCAGUGGUGGAUUAUGAUGAAGAGGAGCAUAAUUGGAAUAAAUGGCUGAAUGUUUUACAUUGCUUGACAAUGCCUGUGUUUGGUGUCUUGGCUACAAAUAGUAAGGAUUUCUUAUCUCACGAUGUUGUCUUAGGACAAGAUCACUUAUAAACGCGAUGUUUCUUACUGCAUAACUUCCCGUUAAUGAGCAGCUAUAACAUCCUUGGGGAAUUUUUCAUCAUGUGGCUCUCUGCCACCCCUCCAGACCUGUGAAUUGAGGAAACUAUUAAGAGAUGUAUUGUCCCCACUGAACAGGUUUCUUCCACAAGAUACAGACCCCUAGCUAAGAAAAAGACUAAACCUAACAAAAACAGGGCUAAAUAAAACAAAGAAAAACUAGCGAGCAAAACAAUUCCGUCAUGUUAAACUCUCUCUUUGGAAAAAAUGGUAUUUUUUUUCUUUUAAACAGAAGCUAUUUUACAGGGCUUACGGGGAAACAUUUUUUUAACACGGUGAAAUUUUAAUAUUUAGAGAUCUUUCGCGUAACGAAAACUGGAGGUUUAUUUUAUUAAUAAACAUGCACUGAUGAGAUUUUUUUUUUUAGAUUAUAAUCAUAUGAUUGGUGGCAAACUUCCUGCCUGGGCCCUGGCUCUCUGCGCUGGACUGGUUCUAGCUUUGAUUGUUGCUAUGACAACAAAGAGUGAAAAGAGGCCUCGGGGCCAUUCGGUAAGAACUUUUAAAUGUUGCUCAGGAAGGUAUUUUUAGAGACAUCUGCAAAUCGUAAUGUGAGCAAGCUGGGGUGUGGUUGUCACUUCCUUCCCAGCGAAGGGUUCUUUGUGCAACGGGUGUGGUGCAUAUCUAGAUUAGUUCAAAUUGAAUGUUGAAGAACCCAGUUAAGAUAAAUCACAUUUUCAAAGUUGUAAAGUUCAGGACUUUUUAUUGAUAAAGAUCAAAAGUUUGGCAAGGUUUCUUUAUGACCCAUACUUUGUUACGCAUGCAGUUAUUUGAUAAAAGCAAAAAAACAGCGAAAACAAUGGCUUACCUCCGAGAGUAAUGCUUUGUUUUAAAAUAACACGGGGUCAUACGGAAAUCUUUCCGAAUUUUUCAUUAAACAAUGUGUUGGAAGGAUUUCCACUCUUGAUCGCUGUUUUGCACUUCGCCGACAGAUGUUUUUAAUCAAGCAUUUUUUGGUUAUUUAAGAUAAGGCAUUUUUUUUGUUUGCGUAAGAUAUCAGGGGCUGUCAAGAUUAGUUCAUAUAGGUGAGUUAGAUUAAGAAAGCGGCAGUACGGAAUCCGAGAUCAGGUUGAAAGGACUGUGCUUUAUUCGAAAAGUUUGUUUUCUGCCUUUGUGCAAGGACUGGUAUAACACCGCGUCUUCAGCGGGAUAACGUCUUACAGAAUUGUGAUUAUAUCAACACUGUACGUAUUCUAAAAAGCUUUUUUGUCGCUUCUGUUUUUGUUAUAACCAAUAUAGGCGAUCCUUAAGUGUAUUUUUUGCUUUCAGUUGACUAGCAAGCGCGUGUGCAAGAGAAAACUCGCUGAUUAAAUUAGUUAAAAAAAUUGGUAGACCCCGAGGACUCUAUUUUCCUGGUGAAUCUUCAAAAUCAGUAGUAGUACCCAAACCCGUGGUGCGAAACAGUCGCAUCCUAAUCAUCACUCCUGAUUGGUAGAUUCUAGAAAAACAUUAAUAAAUCAGUUUCAGUCUUCUCAGGUAUAGAUACAGCAAUAUGAGAUUUAAAAUUGAUCACUUACUAGUCUUAUUAUGUUAUUGAAUUUCUCAUCAGUUGUUUGCCUAUCUGGCGUUUGUGGUUUCCGUGGUUUGGAUUUACAUCACAGCAAAUGAGAUUGUCAACCUUCUCAAGGUAUAGAAUACCUCUUGUUGUCAGUUAUGCUUUGCGAAUUUUGGGCGCCCUAUUUGACACCCCGAUGUAAAUCUUAUGGGGCAUUUUCUUCAGACUUGCGACUUUGAUUUUGUUUCCAUUCUUUGAUCUGUAGAUGUUCGGUAUCGUGCUUGGUUUAAGUGAUGCAAUUCUUGGCCUUACUUUUCUUGCAUGGGGAAACAGCUUAGGUGGUAAGUUUGGACUCUUCCCUUGUUCUUAUCAGUUCCUGUUUGCUGAAAUCAGUUUAGGAAAUCAUUUUACCUGCAUACAUACAUACAGUUUUAUAUAAACUCGAAGUUUAGUCUAUCAGCAAUGUCCUUGUGUCUUUCACAUGUAUGAAUUACUAAUUACCACAGAAUUAAAAGAGAACGUCCUCUUCAAAAAAAAGAAAGAACAAACAAACAAAUAAGAAAUACAGAAAUAAAGUGACAUAACCUUUUUUCUAGAUAUCGAAAGUUCUAUCAAUAAUACAUGUUCAUUAAAUACUAAGUAGUAACCCUUGCGUUUUAUUUUGUUACAUUAUUCUCAUUUCAUCCUCGCAGAUUUAAUAUCAAAUACGGCCAUGGCAAAGCAGGGAUUUGGUCAAAUGGCUGUAUCAGCUUGCUUCGCAGGUCCUUUGUUAAGUAUCCUUUCUGUGAUGAGUGUGAAUCGUUGUCAGUGUGUUGCUCUAGACGCGCAAACGCUUUCGAGCUUGGGAAAUUUUUGUCAAUGUUAGAUUUUAAUGAGUUCUUCACCCAUCAAAGAAUUAUGAACCUGCAAAGAUACCACUACAGAAGCACUAGAAGCGUUGGUGGUAAAAAGCGACCCUUGUAUAUUUUAUGAUUCGCUUACGCGUGAAUGAAACGACCUCAACAGCUCCUCACUCUUACGACAUGUGUAGUGGAUUCAAAAGAUUCUUAGUGAGUUGUCAACAGCGCAUGCGGCUUUGGUAUCCUACUAGACGCAUUGGAACUCCUUCCCUGUGAAAACUUGUUCCUUGUCUACGGAUUCAGUACAUUUGCGCACACAUUAAUAAAAUGGUAUAGUCUCAUCGGGGAAAAUUUGAAGCAACAUUGUAAUACGUUUGAAUAUAAAUGUUUCCUGAUCAUUUGUUUAGAUAUGUUACUAGGUAUUGGUAUACCAUGUACUUACGUCACUGUAACAGAUAGUCAACAUCUGAUACAUGUAAGUACUUACUUUACUACUCCAAUAACUUUAAGUGUCGGCCAGCAGUUGUGACAUUCUGCAUCAUCGGUGUAACAUUGCUCUCGUGCAAACCGUUUUACAAACCUCACUUUUCCCCAAUUUUUCUCCAUUGUGUCAUUUUUUAUAGUUACAUCACCAAGAUAACCAAUACAUAAUCUCAGCUGCAUUUCUAGCUGCCAGUCUCAGCUCGUCUGCCAUCUGUAUUCCUUUAAUGGGAUUCAGAGUGCCCCGGAUGUAUGGCGCGUAUCUUUUAACACUGUAUCUGGCCUAUUUAGCAGUAUCCGUGGCAACAGCUGUUCAACAUGCUCAUCAUCAGUAACGGCAGAUUAUCAUAUUUCUUAGAGUGACAAUUAAGGUGAUUUUUUUUAAUCGUACCACUUAAGAUAUUUUUGUAUUCGAAUUAAGGUCUCGGUAAAGUUUGGUUAAUGAAUUCUGUCUG